UGUGAAUGUGUAUGGAGUGGAGCGUGUGCCCGCGCAGGGAAGCCUGAAUGAGUGGACUUUUAGUCGAAAACUAAUAUUAAACGUAAUUAUAACUUUAUAUCGUUGAGCUGCAGCGAUGGUUGCAACCAGCACCCUGAAAAGCAAGAAUGCCGAGUGCAUCUCGGAGCUGGUGGAUUGCAGGAUCGAGCAGCGCUACAGCGAGGAUGAGCUGGACUACUGGGACCGCUGCCUAGCAGAGCCGAACCUGAACGGCAGCGUCUUUGAGGACUCAACCUGCCAACAGCUGGCCAAGAUGUUUGAAAACUGCCUGUCGCGUGCUAAGAAGACCAAGCUGCACUGCUCGGAGGUUCUGGUGCCCGAAAAGCUGACGCGCCGGAUAGCCCGGGAUGUGCUGCGGUUGUCGUCAGGUGAGCCCUGCGGCUUGCGCGGCUGCGUCCUUUACGUGCACCUGGAGGUGGAGAACGCCUGCAAGAAGCUAGACCGCAUAGUAUACGACGCCAGCGUGGUGCCCACCUUUGAGCUCACGCUGGUCUUCAAGCAGGACGGCAGUGCCUGGCCCAGCCUAAGGGACUUCUUCCUCAUCGGGGCCUGCUUCACGCCGGGCUUCCGGCACGCGCUCAAGCUCAGCCCGGGCUUCCGGCUCAUCAAAAAGAAACUGUACUCCUCCUCGGCUGGUACCGUGGUGGAGGAGUGCUGAAGUGUACUGGGUGGGGAGAUGCAAUGCUCUUCUGUAGUAUCUGAAUGUAACACUCACUCUGGAAUCCUGUCCCUUUUUUGUACCAUCUAUGAAAUGCUCAUGUGACACAAGCCGCUACAGGAUGGUGCGCUGAAGGUGUGCCAGGUGGUCCACAUUGAGUCUCAGCUGGCACUGAGCAUCUGAUCUGACGGCAUGGCAUCAAUGAUCGAGCAACAUAUGAUUAAAUCCAUCAGAGGGUUAUUUUCAGAAGGGGGAAAUUGACAACUAACUGGACAGCUAUGUGGUGACUUGUUAAAAACCCAUUAGUUUACAUUUUGAAUAGGUCAAUUUAAUUAGUAAAACUGGUCUAGAAUUUAGAUUUAUUAACCAGGUACAUUUAUAUUGUAAUAGUAUAGUGUAAUCUGCUCAAUGUGUUUAAAAGCUGCAGUCCAGCUGGCUUUGGGAUAUAGUUUAUCUAAUGAAUGUCAUGCCAUCAUGCUGCUUAAUUCCAGUUGCAACAGGACCUCCAACUGAACUUGUUUCCAGAAAGUGCCUUUACAUGAGACAUGUAAAGAAUAAGACUAAUUGUGCACUUUUUUUCUCCCCUUCAUAUCAUUGCACUACUGGAGUUCACUGAACAUCUAAGUGUUUGUCAGUUUUUGUACUUAGACACACUCUGAUCUCUGCCUUUUGGGUGUAAAUGGCUACAAUGCUGUUUACAAGCAACCGAAAGUUUACUUUUAUUAAUUCCUGUUAUAGGAAAUGUGAAUUCUUGUCUAUUUGACAAUAAAGUGUUUUUUAAA